UCCCAGCUCAGAGAGCGCAGCAGAGAAACGAGAGAGCGCGAUAAUAAACUCAGAAAAUGUACACACGAUCCAGCAGCGUGACUCUGACUGUUCACCAGGAGACGUUCGCCUUCUCUAGGCUGGCUCUGCGCAGCACGGAGCCCGAGGUCUUCACCUUCGAGCGGAUACCGGCUCAGGCCACCGCCGUCAGCACCUACGUGCCCAUCCGGCCGAAGAAGCGCUGCACCCGGGUUAUGUACCCCGCUAAAGUGCGCAUGCACCUUCCCCCCCCGGAGAAGAGCCCGGCCAAGCGCUGGCUGGUCAUCCUGUGCCUGGUGGUGCUGUGGCAGGUCUACACCGAGGAGCCCAACACUGAGACGCCUCUGGGCAGCGCGGGCAGUCCGGUCAGCGACUACCAGUCUGUGGAGGAGCAGGCACGGCAGCACGCACUGCUCAGCUCCAGCUCCGAGCUCCUGUCAGCAUCGCCCACCAGAUGUGAGGACAACGGCUCAUCUGGCGACCAGACCAUUCUCAAUACCACCUGCGCCGAGGAGACGGAGACCAGCCGGUCGUUCGAGCAGAGCGCCGGGAACUACGUGGUGGCUCUGCUGGUCUACCACAGACUGGGCAGCGACAACUGAGACUCGGGACUGGUUUAGCUGUAAGCCGCCCGUUUGCGGGCUCCCGGGACAGAAACUGAGCCGAGCUGGUGUCCGGAGAACAGCUGUGUGCCCUGAGCGGCACAGCCAGGGAGGGGGCUUCAUGCGCCAACUUCAGGAAGAAAGAAGAGAGUGUGAACAUUUACAAAAAACUGAAACUUGAACUUAAAAAAACUUGAAUCGCUCUGUGUGAUGGACUAACUGCACUAACUAGUUCUGUCACUGCUGAAGGCCACUGAGCCCAAACUGACAAUGUCUGUUGUUUAAAUGUCUUAUUUA